AUGGUAGACUUGGAAGAGAGUAAUUUAUUUUUGCCUCCGUCGCAAGUGGAUACAGAUAAUGAAGGAUCCAUCUAUGGCAACGAGCAGCACUGUCCCAAUUCAAGGCAAGUGUUUAGAAUAUGCACAAAUCUUAAAUUGCUAAUCGAUAAAGUGAUACCAGUGCAAUUUGACGAAAAAGAGAUCACAAGACAGGACUCCUCGAUUUUGAACGAGCAAUUGAUUGAAUUAGUAUACAAAGCUGCAGGGGGGAAAGGUUCGGGCGAGAAAGGGUCGUCAUCUCACAGAUAUCGUGCAUGUUUAGUUUUUUGCUUGCUAAAAUGCUGCGAUUGGUAUUGGCAGCUUAGUGAAUACGAAUUGAGCGAUAAUGAGCUAUAUUCAUUACGUGCAUUGAGUACUCAGAUCCUCGCUGUAAAAUUGAUUGAAAGAGAAACAGCAAAUGACGAGUAUUUAUUCUUGAGCAUGCUAUGCCAUAGAUAUACCAUUUGCGUUAAUGGCAAAGAUGCCGUGCCUGUUAGUGCCUUAGAAAUGGCAGUGGACAUGCACUCAACUAUUGUUAUUGGAUCAAGCGGGUACCAGAGGUGUAUCAAAUGGUUAUGGCGUGGUUGGAUCGUUCAAUCGUCAAAAAAUCCUCAUUCCUACGUGAUGUAUAAGGGCGUUGCCUCUCAUUCUAUAAGAACUCACUUUGACCCAGCAAGAAUCAAAACUCCGCUAUAUCAGAACAUUUUGGAGAUUUUUUUCAGCUUUGUGUACCUUGCCUUGUUCACCAUUGUGCUUAAUACUCACUCUACUAAUUUUGCCGAUUUGGAUAUUUUUGAAAUACUAUUUUAUAUGUUCACCUUGGGAUUGAUAUGGGAUGAAGCGGUCAAAUUUUAUCAUGUUGGUUGGAACUACUUGGGAUUCUGGAAUGUUUUUAAUGAUUCUAUGUACAGUAUUAUUUCUGUUGCCGUGAUUUUCCGCUUUGCAAGCAUCAACAGCCACGGGCAUAUCAGAGACCGAUAUGACGAAAUAUCAUAUAGAAUCAUGAGUUGCGCAGCACCAUUAAUGUGGACAAGAUUAUUAUUAUUUUUGGAUGCGCAAAAGUUUGUUGGCGCCAUGAUUGUUGUUUUGAAAGUGAUGAUGAAGGAGUCUGUUUUGUUUUUUGUUUUGUUGGUUGUAGUUGUUGUUGGGUUCCUGCAAGGUUUUAUUGGACUCGAUGCUUCAGAUGGUAAGAAUGAGGCAACAAAGAAGAUUUUGGUUUCAUUAAUGAAGGUGGUUAUUGGAACUUCUUCGUUUGAUGAAAUGGGCAAAUUAGUGCCACCAUAUGCAUCGAUAUUGUACUAUUGCUAUUCAUUUUUGAUAAUGGUUAUUUUGAUGAACAUAUUGAUUGCAUUAUACUCAACGUCAUACGCCGCAGUAGUUGAAAAUGCCACAAAUGAAUAUUUUGCCUUGGUUUCACAAAAGACCUUGAGGUAUAUUAGAGCGCCCGAUGAGAACAUUUACGUACCGCCUUUCAACUUGCUUGAGAUAUUAAUGACUCCAUUUAGUUGGGUAAUGUCGUCAGAGAUUUACAAGGACAUGAAUUACUAUGUGAUGUUGAUCAUAUAUUCACCAUUGUUGCUUUAUAUCACGACAGAGGAGUUAUCAACAGCAAGAAGAAUAUCGUAUAACCGAUACAAGGGGUACCCCGAUGAUGCAAACGAGAAUGACACAGAAUGGGAUUUAACGGACGGAUUUGGUGAUAGUAGUAACUCUGGAUUCCGUGAUUCGGGAGAUGCGACUUCACCUCAAGAGGAAAUUAGAGAGCGAACCUCGGAAGUUAAUCAAGAGUUGAGAUUACAAAGGGAAAGCGAGAGACAGGACCCGGAAUUUUUGGUCAAUAUGCAAGGGUUCGAAAGUGCGAUUGAUAAUAUUGUUAAACCCGUUAAAGAGGCAAGCAAGAUCGGCUUAAGUUGGGAGUUUUAUGACUUGUAUAAGAAAGUUGACAAAUUGACUGAAUUAGUUGAACUUGUUGUUCGAGACAAUGAACAGAAAAAGGGGGCACUAUCGAGCGACACACUAUCGAGCAAAGCGAGAUAG